AUGACCCGAUUAAUCACAGCUCAAGAGGUGGCCGAGCACAACACAGAGGAAUCCGUUUGGUUUAUUAUUAAGGGUAAAGUCUACGAUGCGACAAAAUUCCUUGAUGAGCAUCCGGGAGGAGCGGAAGUCAUGAUAGAACAAGCUGGUUUGGAUGCCACGAUAGCCUUCAAUGAUGUCGGACACUCGGCCGAUGCUAUGGAAAUGCUCAAUGAUUACUAUAUUGGUGAUCUUAAAAAAGAGGAGAGCUUUGUCGCACCAGCCAAGACAAUCCAGCCAACCAAACCAGCAGCAACCUCUCAAAAGAAAUUGUUUUUAGCAAUUCCACCCCGUGUCUGGGACAUCGUCAUUCCAACUUCUAUCGGUGUGUGUCUCUUCUUUGCUUAUAAACGCCUCAUACAAUUCCAACAAAUUAAA